CUCGCGCUACCCCUCAAAAAAGCAACAUUCGCUACCUUUUCCCGCAGCGAACACCACCAAAAUGCCUCUACAAUUCGGCUUUUGCGAACCCGCCGACGUGCCACGGUGCUUCGAGAUCGUCUCUCGAGCCUUUGGAACCGAGCAUGGCUAUUUUGAAGCCGUAUUCCCGGACCACACCACUCCCGAGGGCCGAAAAGCAGGUGCCGAGAGGUUAGCCGGUGCGCUCAACAAGCCUGGGGCGCGCCUGUGCAAGGUGACGGAUACGGACACGGGCGAGAUCCUUGGAUUCGCAAAGUGGGACGUCUAUGAACGGUUGCCGACCAAUGUCGGGCCAAAGGAUGGGCCAAAGGGCAACUAUUGGAAGGACGACAAGGCCAAGGAGCUUUCUGACUAUUUCUGGUGGGAGUUUACACGAAGGCGGUGGGAUGCGGUGAGGGAGUCUGGAGGUGACAUUGUUUCCCUCGACAUCAUGGUUGUUGAUCCGGUCCACCAUCGACGCGGUGUCGGAAGGAUGUUGAUGAAGUACGGUGUCGACGAGGCCGACAGGCUCGGAGUGGAAUCGGUUGUGGAGGCAUCAAGGAUGGGAAGAUUCUUGUAUGAAAAUUAUGACUUUAAAAUCCUCGAGGAUGUCUUGAUCACUGUGCCGCCUGGGCAGCAAGGAACGGAGCAGUUUUUCCACUGGAUGAGGCGACCGGCGAAGGUCAAGGCGGUUGCAUGAACAUGGGAUAAGACCUCUUUGAUAGCAGUCUAGUUUCAAUAGAGCUACCUUGGC